CAACUCAACCAUUUAUCUGCUGCCUCCACUGAAUUUGAGAUAGAGAGCUCAUGCAUAGAGAAAUUAACUAGUACUACUUCCGAUCGAAGAUCUGCUAGCUGCAGUUCUAUUCACCCAUUAAACAUGGCUUCCAAAGCUUUCUUAGUGAGUUACGGCCUCUUCUUCAUCUGUUUCUUCGUCUUGGGAACUAAUUAUAUCUUGGAGGCUCAGAUGGUCCCGGCCGUGUUUGUAUUGGGAGACUCUCUUGUAGAUGUGGGAAACAACAAUUACCUCCCGCUUUCGCUCGCCAAAGCAGAUUUCCCCCACAACGGCCUCGACUUCCCCACCCAUAAGCCAACCGGGAGGUUUACUAAUGGCAAGAAUGCUGCCGACUUUCUUGCUGAGAAAGUUGGCCUCCCAACUUCGCCACCGUAUCUCUCCCUUGUAUCCAACUCCCACAAGAACAACGCUUCCUUUCUAACUGGUGUUAGCUUCGCCUCCGGAGGUGCCGGCAUCUUUGAUGGCACGGACAAACAUAUUCGCCAAUCAAUACCUCUGACCAAACAAGUAGACUACUUCUUGACGGCGUGUGAAAAGUUCAAGCAACAGCUAGGCUCCUCAUCUGCACAAAACCUUUUAUCCAAAUCUCUCGUUGUCGUUGUGAUUGGAAGCAACGAUAUCUUUGGUUACUCCGGCUCUUCUGAUCUCCGCAGCAAGAACACCCCACAGCAGUACGUGGACUUGAUGGCUCUUACACUGAAAGAACAAUUGAAGCGUAUGUACAAUGGCGGUGCUCGUAAAUUUGUUAUUACGGGGAUCGGGGCAAUCGGAUGCUGCCCAUCACAGAGAAGUAAGAACAAAACAGAAGAAUGCAACGAGGAAACAAACCGCUUGUCUGUCAAAUACAAUCAAGGCCUUACUUCGAUGUUGCAGAAAUGGAAAUCAGACCUCAAAGGCAUUAGCUACUCUUACUUAGAUACAUACAGUAUCUUGCAAAACUUCGUCCAGAAACCACAAGUUUAUGGAUUCGUAGAUGUUAAAGCUGCAUGUUGUGGGUUAGGGAACCUGAAUGCAAAGGUUGGUUGCCUCCCAAUAUCUACCUAUUGCUCCAACAGAAGAGAGCACCUUUUCUGGGAUCUAUACCAUCCAACAGAGGCUGCUCAUCGCCUUAUCGUAGACAACUUGUUUGAUGGUUCUUCACAAUUCACAUUCCCAUUGAACGUGAGGCAGCUAGUUGCAGUCUAGACUCUACACUACUCGCCAUUAUACGCCUAACCAUGUGAAUCAUGCUGUAACAAAUCUGAUAAAUAAAGUAAUCUCACUUCGAGAGGGUGAGUACCUGCAGAAGAAAAUGAAAGGGAAAAACGGAAGUUUCUAGUCUUUUUCGAUAAUCUGAUAACUGAGGAACAUGGCUCUUACAUACAGAGGUUCUUAUUUCGAUAAUAAAUGUCGUGCGCCUUUAUUAUGAUCA